AUGGAUAAGAGACAUUUUGUGUUGGUUCAUGGAGCAUGCCACGGAGCAUGGUGUUGGUACAAGGUUGUUGCUCUAUUGAAAUCUUCUGGACAUAAAGUCACAGCAUUAGACAUGGCUGCUUCUGGUAUUCAUCCAAAACAAGUGCAUGAACUGGAUUCCAUUGAAGAUUAUUAUGAACCGUUGGUUGAAUUUGUAAGGUCAUUGCCAGAAGAGGAGAGGGUAAUCCUUGUGGGUCAUAGCUUUGGUGGGAUUUGUAUAUCUAUGGCUAUGGAAUUAUUUCCAAAGAAAAUUGCAGUUGCUGUAUUUGUUGCAGCUAUCAUGCCUUCUCCUGAUCUAUGCUUCAUGACUAUCCGACAGGAGGUAAAAAGCUAGUUUGGAAGCUCAGGAAAUCAAAUGUAAGAUGCGAAAUCGAGCCCGAGCAAGAAAACGGAAGAAAAAGCCAAUUUUUGGAGAACCUGCUGUCCAUACGCGUAUGGCCUUACAUGAUACGCGUAUGGACCUUCCCAGUACGCGUAGCAUACGCAAAUGACCAGAGGGAUGGAAAAUUCAGCCAAAAGACCAGCUUCUGGUGAUACGCGUACCAGUCUGGGCAAUACGCGUACUGUAACACCCUUCUAAAAUACCCCAAUAAUUUAAAUUAAAUAUCAAAAUACAACAUCAGAGUAAUUAUGCAGUUAUGGGUGUCACAUAAACACUUCACACCAUGUUCCAAAAUAACAGUCAUGCUCUUUAUUUAAUCAAAUAAACAUUCGCAUAAAUCGCAACGGAUAUAAUUCAAAUCAAUCAAAACAUGUAACACAUUACAUGUAAAAUGGUUCAUAGUCAACAGUAAAACAUUCAAAACAUCCCUUCCCGAUGUUACAUCUAUCAGAGCAUGACCCCCUAAUGAACUACUCUAGACUCCAAGUACUAGCUCCUACUCAAUCACUGCUCGUUACCUGAAAAACAGUUGUAAGGGUGAGUUCCUCAAUCAAUAUAAUAAGUAUUAUAAAAUAUCAUGUCAUGUUAAGUAAUUUAACACACUUCAUCACCCUAAUCCAAACAUGUAUUCAGUAACAGCACAUCAACUCAACAUAAUACUCAACACCAACACAAACAACACGUAUAAUAUUGGAAUACAUCCAUUCAUAUUAUACGCCAUACAUAUAUUAUGCAAUGAGACUCCAUGCAUGCGGUACCGACUAUUUGUGAACAUAUGGUUCAACCUCACCGUCCAAAUCCAGGCACGGCUACCAAGCUCACUAGUCCCACUCAUUUGAGACAUAGUGACUCACUCACUAAUUCCUCACCAUGGGAAUUAGCUACCACCCCAAAUGGGCCAUGCUAUGCACGCUAAUCACCUAGCAUGCAACAUCAACAACAAUCAAAAUGAUUUACUCACUAAUUCCUCACCAUGGGAAUUAGCUACCACCAUAAAGGCCACAAUAUGCAUGCUAAUCACCUAGCAAUGCAACAACAACAACAACUCAAGAAUAGACAUAUGCUCACACUCUAAGCCAUAAAACAGUCUAUUCACAAAUGCAUACAUAACUGAUACAUUCACAGCAUCAUGCAUACCAUCACACAUCAUCAACACAUUUUAUCACAAAAGCAUAUCAUAUCAUGCCGCAUAAUCAAACACAGUAUUAGCACACUCUACUAAUACCUAUACUACUCAAAACAACGGGAAAAUGAUCCCUACUACGUCAUACAUCAGCUAAGUUACAUCACUCAGCCUAAACAACCAAACUGCACAACCAUAGUUCAGAAAAACCACAAGUCUGCCCAUACGCGUAUUGCCUAUGCCCAUACGCGUAUUGCCCAUUCCUGACCAAGUCCAUACGCGUAUUGCCCACGCCCAUACGCGUAUGCUACGCGUACUACAUUCUCAUACGCGUACUAACAGAGACAAUUUCACGUUCAAAACAUCAUCUUUUUCACUCAUACGCGUAAGGCCUCAUCCAUACGCGUACCAGCCAUAUCAUACGCGUAUUGCCUAGUGCCAUACGCGUAUGACCAGAAACCAGAAUUUCCAGAUCUGCAAUGGCUUCUCCUGCUACGAGAUCUAUCCAAUUCAACCUUCCACAGUCCAAAUUUUACACACAAUUCAUUCAUCUCGUCUAACCCGAAUCAUACACUUUCGAUUUCACAAAUUUCUAACCUUUCUACCUCUAAUUCCUACGAAUUUCUUCAAUUUUAAUCCCAAUUUCGUUCAUCCCAAAAGUUCACAAAUUCAUCAUACAUCAUUCAAUCAGAGGCAAAUCAAUGGUUUCUCACUACCCAUCACAUAUUAUCCCAUAAUACCCAUUAAUCGAUGAUAAACCCCCCUUACCUGAGUAAAUCCGGCAAUCUCUGAGCUCCAAGCUUUUCCUUCCUUCAACCUUCGUCCUCUGGCUCUUUGCCCUUUUUCCCUUUUCUGCCUCUUUUCCCUUUUCACGUGAAAAUAACUCUUUUUACCAAAUGGAACCUUUUUACUGAUUUCUACUUUUAUUCCCAUAAUAACAA